AUGUAUACGCGCCUCCUCUCUCCCGGCGACAAGAAGGGAGCAAAGCUCACUGCCGAGGAGCUAGAAUCUAUCUCCAAUUCCUUCAACGAGACCCUCCACUCUGGGCUCUGGGGCCUGACCCCUGCCUCCGCUACCUUGCCAUGGCUCUCCUCCGCUAUCGCCAUGCUCACCGUCGCUCACUCGGCCGUGAAAUCCUUGAUCUAUGAGCUGAAAUCGGAUGGUGGCAACAGCCUCUUGUCGUGGUAUUUAGACAACAGCGUGAAGGUCCUAGACGUCUGCAACUGCAUCUCCUCCGAGAUCGAGCGGCUAUGUCUCCACCACCUGAACCUGAGGAUCGCAAUUCAGCUGCUCCGCUCGGAGGGCAACCCAUCGGAGGAGGAGAUUCGCCAGGCGAGAGAUUUGCUCGCAGAUUCGGAGGGCGAGGGCGGCAGUGGAUCUGUGAAUUCCACAGGCGACAUCGAGAAGCUGAUCAAAGACUUGGCCACGAGCAUUGGGAAGCCGGCUCUGCGGGGAAAGGACACGCCUGUGGACGGAGUUGUUCAACGAGCGGUCCGAGCUAUCAGCUUCGUGACGGCUUUCAUCACGGGAGUGAUAUCUUCGGCCUUACACUCUUCCUCGGGGGCGGUCGUCUGCGUCUGCGUUCCAGAGGAGUUCCCCUGGGGCGACUCUGUCCGCUCAAUCGAGUCCACAGUUAUUGUGGAGUCGAGACGUGGCGAGGAAAGGGAUAGGAAGACACGAGUAUUGAAGGAGCUUGACAAUGUGGGGGCUCACAUGAGGCACGUGCUUGAGGCCAUCGAUGAGGUGUUGGCAUCGGGAGGCGGUGGAGCGACCACGGGGAGGCUGAGGGAGGCGGCAGUCGGACUGGAGAAAGCUAAUGAGGCGAUGUUGGAGGGAUUGUACCGGCUGCGGGAUGGGGUGAACGAGCUGUUCAUGAUGGUGGUGAGAAUAAGGAAGAAGAUGGUAGACGAGUUCAGAGCGAGCCUGUGGGAACGAUCAUUACCGAAGAAAUUGUGA